AUGGGACAUCGCACCCCGCCGGGGCCGGGGGUCGGGGGGUUUUCACCCCCUUUCCCCUCUUCCCCGAGGGAACCCAUCCGAAGCGUGCGACAAAAAGGUUUGCCACCGACCGGCCGCAAUGGGAGCAGGGGGGCAGAAACCCCUCACACCCAAAAAAGUACGGCAAGGCAGACCCCCACGCUCUGCCCGCCGCACGCCUACAAAAGCGAAAGAAAACGAAGCGGGGACCCGUUCGCGACGCAGCCCGCCGGGCCACGGUGGCUCGGUCCGCACCGGCCACGACAACUGAGGAAGGGGCGAGGCGCCGCCGCCUCGCCCGCGCCAUAUAUCUCUCUCGCCGGGGACAUUUUUCCCCGUCGCGUCCGGGUCCGCACGCGGGCAGGGGCCGGCCACCGCGGCCGGCCGCCACCCCUGAAACAAUUCCGCCCGCAAAGCGCGGGUCCCCGGCUUAAGGCCGAGGAAGGGGGACGAGGGCCACAACAACUCGGGGCGAGGGACGGGGUGCCGCCACCCCGGCCCCGCGAUUCCCGUCGGGCGACUUCUCCCGUCACCGAGCCCCUGGAGCGGCAAAAAGCGGGGCAAAGCCGAAGGCAAGGCCGCGCGCCCCACCGGGCGUCCCCCGCAGCCCCUUUCCGACACACGGCUCUCUCACACCUGGCAACAGCGGGUCGGGAGCGGGGAACGGGGCGCCGCCAGCCUCGGCCGACCGGGCAACCCGGUCUUCGGGACUCUCGGGGAAGGGCCGGGGCGGGGGGUAAAGCCUCGUACGGGGCUCGAACAACGACAGAGGCGCCCCCGGCCGACGUCUGCCCGCGGCUGCCGGCCACCGUGCCCCACCGAGACCGACAGCCGAAAAAAACCGCACCCCGCCGAGGGGGGCCCCGGCUUAAGGCCGAGCACAUGAGGGGGACGAGGCGCCGCCGCCUCGCCCGCCAGCCACCAGCGUUCGGUUUUUCCCCACCCCAGGGUCUACCCCGCCUGGGGGACAAGGGUACCCCUCUGAAGUUUGCCUCGUGUCCCGCCACCGGACCAGGCCUGUCGGCCGGCCCCGGCCCCGGCCCCGGCCCUGGGCGGACCCGGCCUCCCGGGGACGCCCGCCUGCCCGCCCCUGGGCUAGACCUGUUGGCCAGCCCCGGCCCCGGCCCCGGCCCCGGCCCCGGCCCUCGGACGGCUCUUGUGUCGGGGUGGCACAGGAACGCUUCGCCGGGAUCAAAAAUUCUCGGCCCAUCGGAUUUCUUUUCCUGCCUGCGCGGCCAGACGCCUCCCAGCCGAGCCGACGGGCAGCCCGCGGCCCGCGCCCGGCCCGCCGACGCGCUCGACCGGCAACGGGGCGUCCCCACCCCGCGGGGAGCAGAGACACGGCACCAGCCAGCAAGCCGCACCUCGGGGCGGACAGCGGGAGAAUGGAAGCAGGCGGAAGCGUGCGGUGGGACGCGGCUGGAAGCCGCCGGCCCCCCGCGUCACUGGACUCGAAUCGCCGGCAGAGGCGGCGGGCGGGCGGCCGCCUGCUCAUGCCGGCUCUCCGGCGGUCCGCGGAGGUCGUCGGCCCCGGGCCCGCCUCGUGCGGGCCCGGCACGGAACCGCCCUUCGCCGCCGGCUCCCGCGGCGCACCGCCUUCUGGGCUUUUCCCCGCCCCCGGUUGGCGACGCUUGCCGGGCGGCCCCGCCCUGCGACGUCACCCUGCCUGGCACCGCCUUCCGGGCUUUCCCCGCCCCCCUGCUGGGCGACAGCUGGGGCCGACGGCGGUGGCCCCGACCCACCCACGCCCCAGGCGGCUCCCCAAGCGGCCGGCCGCUCGGCACGGCGACAACGCCUGCGGGGGCUGAGGAGCGGGCCGACGGGGCCGCCGGCAGCUUGAGGCUUUCGCUCCGACGGCGCCUUCCUUCCCGCUCGCCCCCGGCCGGCCCCACUGAAGCCUGCAGGCAGACGGCAGCCCCGCUGAUCGAGCCAGCCAAGCAGAAAGCGAGAAGCGAAGGCGGCGAGGGGCUCAGGCCGAUAGGGGAGAGCCGCUCGACGCAUCGCACGGCGGCCCGCCGGCUGACAGCAGGUCAAACCAGCGGCCGGCCGACAGUCUACCCAGCCGCCGAAGGCCGCCGGCCGACAAAGGCCCCUCGCGUGCAACAGGUCUACCCAGUGGCCACCAGCCGCCGAGGGCGGCUCGCGUGCCCCUGGGUGCCACCCCAGGGGCCGCCAGCCGCCAACGGCCGCCGGCCGCCGAAGGCCGCUCGCGUGCCGCUGGGGCUCCACCCAAGAGGCCGCCAGCCGCCGCGGGCCGCUCGCGUGCCGCUGGGCGCCACCCCAGAGGCCGCCAAGGGCUGGGCCGGAGCCGCUCGCUCUUGGCGUGGCCAACGGGUGGACUUCCCCCGCUUCCACCAGCGCCCGCGCGCCGGGGAAGGGAAGCCCGCCGCCCGCCGCCGCCGCCGCCGCCGCCCUCGAGGCCAAGCCCCCGCCCCGCGUAUCGGGCCUGGGACCCGCGCGGAGGGAAGUCGAGGCCCCUCGCGGCCCGCGGCGGGGCCCCUCUCGGCCCGUCGCGGCACGCGGCUCCCACCCCCCAAGGAUUUGGGCUCGGCCGCGCGCUCCGGCCCCCGGACUCCGCGUAUCGGGCCUGGGACCCGCGCGGAGGAGAGCGCGAAGGCGCGGCGAGGGGGGGGGACGACCGCGCCGGCCCGGGCGCCCGCGCGCCCGCGCCGCCGGAGCCCCCUGUCGGCCCCGGGCCCGCCGCCGAGAGAGGCCUCGGUGGAGGAGGAGGAGGAGGUGGACGAGAGGAGGCGCCGCGCACGCGCGCGACGCCCCUGGCCCGGUCGGAGGAGGAGGAGGAGGACGGGGCUCCGGCCGGUCGGCCGGGCCCGAAAGCGACAAAAGCUUGUCGCCGGGUGCCCCACGAUCGUGCGGUACGCGGCGGGGGAGAGGCGGCGCCGCAUCCGUCCGCCCCUCCGGGCCCCGACCACGAGCGGCGCUCCGCACCGGGCCCGCCCGCCGGAGCGGGCGGGCGGCCGGCUAUCGCGAGCCCACCGAGGCUCCGGCGGCGCUGCGGUGUACCGCCCCAGUCAAACUCCCCACCUGCCGCUGUCCCCGGAGCGGGUCGCGGCCGGCGCGCGCCGGCCGCUUGGCGCCAGAAGCGAGAGCCCCCCUCGGGGCUCGCCCCCCCGCCUCACCGGUUCUAAGCCGGCUGCUAGGCGCCGGCCGAGGCGGGGCGCCGGCCCGGGGACCCCCCCCGGGGACCCUCCCCCGCGCGAACCGCGGGGCCCGACGCCGGCCGCGCGCGGCCUCCCGCGCGCGCGCCGCCCCCGCCGCCCGACCGCGCGCCGCGGGAACCCCGCCGGCGGCGAAGCCGACGGGGCGGCGGCGCCCGGCCCCGACGACGGCGACGGCGGCGACGGCGGCCGCCGCUGCUGGGGCGCCGGCCGCGGCAAGGCGGAGGGCGGGCGGAGGGGGGGGCGGGCGGCGCCCGCCGCAGCUGGGGCGAUCCACGGGAAGGGCCCGGCGCGCGUCCAGAGUCGCCGCCGCGCGCGCGCGCGCGCGCCCCCACCGGCGCGCCCGGGCAGGGCCGCGGCGGAGAGCGCACUCACCCGCGCGCGGCGCCUCGUCCAGCCGCGGCGCGCGCCCAGCCCCGCUUCGCGCCCCAGCCCGACCGACCCAGCCCUUAGAGCCAAUCCUUAUCCCGAAGUUACGGAUCCGGCUUGCCGACUUCCCUUACCUACAUUGUUCCAACAUGCCAGAGGCUGUUCACCUUGGAGACCUGCUGCGGAUAUGGGUACGGCCCGGCGCGAGACUUACACCCUCUCCCCCGGAUUUUCACGGGCCAGCGAGAGCUCACCGGACGCCGCCGGAACCGCGACGCUUUCCAAGGCGCGGGCCCCUCUCUCGGGGCGAACCCAUUCCAGGGCGCCCGGCCCUUCACAAAGAAAAGAGAACUCUCCCCGGGGCUCCCGCCGGCUUCUCCGGGAUCGGUUGCGUCGCCGCACUGGGCGCCUCGCGGCGCCCGUCUCCGCCACUCCGGAUUCGGGGAUCUGA